AUGUACCUCAGUGCUGCAUAUCACCGCAUACCUCUAAGUGAUGGAAACAGCAUUCCUAUCAUCGGACUUGGUACCUACUCAGAACCUAGAUUGACCCCUAAGGGGACCUGUGCAAGAUCAGUGAAAACUGCCAUUGACACGGGGUACCGGCACAUUGAUGGCGCCUACCUCUACCAGAACGAGCACGAAGUGGGGGAGGCCAUCAGGGAGAAGAUAGCAGAAGGAAAGGUGCAGAGGCAGGAUAUCUUCUACUGCGGAAAGCUGUGGGCUACACAUCAUGACCCAGAGAUGGUCCGCCCAUCUCUGGAGAGGACACUCAAGGGCCUCCAGCUAGAUUAUGUGGAUCUUUACAUCAUUGAAAUACCUAUGGCUUUUAAGCCUGGGGAUGAAUUCUAUCCUAGAGAUGAAAAUGGCAAAUGGUUAUAUCACAAGUCAAAUCUGUGUGCCACUUGGGAGGCUUUAGAAGCUUGCAAAGAUGCUGGCUUGGUGAAAUCCCUCGGUGUAUCCAAUUUUAACCGUAGGCAGCUGGAGCUUAUUCUGAACAAACCAGGACUUAAGCAUAAGCCAGUCAGCAACCAGGUUGAAUGCCAUCCAUAUUUCACCCAGCCAAAACUCUUGAAAUUUUGCCAACAACAUGACAUUGUCAUUAUUGCCUACAGCCCUUUGGGGACCUCUAGGAAUCCGUCCUGGGUGAAUGUGUCUUCCCCACCUUUGUUAAAGGAUGCACUUCUAAACUCACUGGGGAAAAAAUACAAUAAGACAGCAGCUCAAGUUGUUUUGCGUUUCAACAUCCAGCGAGGAGUGGUUGUCAUUCCUAAAAGCUUUAACCCUGAAAGGAUCAAAGAAAACUUUCAAAUCUUUGACUUUUCUCUCACUGAAGAAGAAAUGAAGGACAUUGAAGGCCUGAAUAAAAAUGUCCGCUUCGUGGAAAUGCUCAUGUGGUGUGACCAUCCUGAAUACCCAUUUCAUGAUGAAUACUGA